AUUCAAUGCAAAAAGUGAGCAAGACGUGAAACCCAUCACCUCAGUUCUGUGCAGGACCAGUCUAUGUUCUCGACUUCCUCGACCGGCGCCUGAUCUUUACCAGGCCUCUCUCUCACCGCGCUCCGAAUGACAACGCGUCCGCUUUUCUUCCUGCGCCGCACGGAGCAUCCACAUCCCUCUCAUUAGUCGAUCGCCAGCCCACUGUACACUACCCGCGCGUCGAUCAUCAUGAGUACCGACCCUGAGACUCCCGAUGCGCCUGAUGGACUCGACCACCACGACGAAGAAAGCGAAGCUGACGAUGAAGCUGUCAACGACGCCGUCAUGCACGAUGCGGAAGAUGAUGAAGGCGCCAUCGAGCGGGACGGUGCAGGUGAAGGUGAAGCUGAUGCCGAGACUGAACGAACAUUGCCGAAUGGCAGGACUUACACCGUGUCCGACGAACCUCGCGACUACAGCGUCUUCGACAACCCGCCCAAUCUCGCCGAGAUGCGGCAGAGACUUUUCUCCCUUGAAGACCCCGUCGAGCUGCCGGUCGCGGACUGGCAAACUUACUUCCCUUUCGUCGACAACAUCUGGCGCAAGAUGAGAACUACGGAACCCCCGCCGGAGGACGUUGCUGCCACGGUCGACUAUUAUGCCUGUAGACUCCGACGCGGUGCCGCCCAAAAGCCUCACACGCCCCGUCCGACUCCAGAGGGCAAACAGCAGAGAAAGAAAAGGGUUCGAGAGGAAAAGACAUGUGCCAUGACGAUGAGGGUGGUCUACAACCACGGUCCGAUAGAGACGUGCACCAUUUCGAAGGCUACCGACGGCGUGAUGAGGCAUUCGCACGAUCUAGACUACGUCGAUGGUACAAAGCGAAACACCGGAAUCAUGGAUACAGCUCGCCGUGAGGCUGCCAAAGCAUAUCUGCCGGCUUCGAUAUUUUGGAAGAUGUGGGAGGAGCCAGACAAGAUGCAGGCUGCAGGCGGGAAGUUUAUGAAAAUGUCAGACGUCCGAAAUGUCCAGUAUGCCUGGCGCCAGGGACACCAACAGAUCGUUCUCAAAGCACACAAGGGCUUCAAUCAACAACGCGCCCCUCGACAGCCGCCAGCACCUCCUCCACCCAAACCUCAAUUCCAACCUUCCAUGCAGCCUGGCGUCUUUGGCCGAUUGGAACCCGUCAAAGCAGAUGCACGGACCGAGCCACCAACCACAAUUCAUUGGGACACUUUACAGUACCCCCAUCAUGCCAGGGGUUUCUUGGAACCAUACGUGCCGGAUCCAAAGCUUACUGCGGUUCGAACUCGUCCCCACAUCACUCUUACCUGGGCAAGCAGCCUUGAUGGCAGGAUCAGUCAAGUCCCUGGGAUUCCUACCGCCGUGUCUGGCUUGGAGACAAAGGCUAUGACACACUAUCUGCGAAGUCGACACGAUGCCAUCUUGGUUGGUGUUUCAACAGCCAUAGCAGAUAAUCCUGCGCUCAAUUGUCGGCUCGCCAACCCCGGCGGAUAUGGUGGACUGGCUUGGGAAUUUCAACCACGACCGAUCAUCAUUGAUCCUCAUGCACGCCUGCGAAUUCACCCAGACAUGAAGGUGCUCAAAACAGCAGCCGAAGGACGGGGUAAGGCACCAUGGGUGGUGGUUGCUCCCGGGGCCUUGUUACAUCCCGUUGCUGUGAGCACGCUGAAAGCUCAUGGUGGAGAAUACCUGAUGAUUAAUGACUACCAUCCAGCGCAGGGAGGGCUGAACUGGGAAGGGGUUUUUCAUGUGCUCUUUCGAGAAGGCAUAAAGAGCGUCAUGGUUGAAGGCGGAGGGAUCGUGCUUUCAGAGCUUUUGAAAAUGCAUCGCUCCCAUCUGAUCGAUUCUAUCAUUCUCACGAUAGCUCCAACUUUUUUUGGCAAAGCAGGAGUGAUGGUCUCUCCGGAUCCGACAUUCGACCCUACAGGGCGACCCAUUGCUACAAGGUUAAGAAACGUCAGAUGGCAACCAAUGGGAGACGCUGAUGUGGUUAUGUGUGGCCACAUGACUGUCGACCAGCCUCCCCUUACAAACGGCAUGCUCUCGGGGAUUGAGGAGUACUCGCGAACAGCGCCCGGUCCUCCAAAUCUACAACAGCAGCCGCAGCAACCUCGACCCCAACCAGCAGGACAGCAACCACCGCCCGGCCCGCCACCACCAUCGCAACCGCAACCACCUCCACAAACCCCCAUCGCGCAGAGUGAGGCUCAUGCAUCCACGAAUGUUCCUGCUACCACUUCCCAGCCAGGGAGAUCUGCGCCCUCGCCCGCACCUGUGCCUCCCCCGGCAUCUGUCCCCGCACAGUCUUAGGUUGGGCAACGAGCUCGAGAGUCCAAUCUGGUGGCGAGAACGGACCAUUCUCGGUCUCAGGAGAGAUGGAAAAUCACUACGACAGAAAAGUGGACAAGACAUCAAAUGACCCCAGAGUCUAAUGAAUCAAGUGACGAUGCCGAACGCAAAGUGAUAAAACAUGCAAAGGCCAUACACGUGGGAUAUGCGAGAGCGGCCGAAACAAUCAUCGACUCCGUAAUACCAUCCAACAACAGACGAAAGAUGCGGCCGACACUUGAAAACGCGACGAGCUAAUGACUUCUAUGACGCAGGAAUAUGGAAAUGUGAAAAAUGGGACGACGAGGAGGGCUGGAUAUGGACGGACCCAGGUAAACGGACCGGUCCCUGUUCAAUAAUUCCGAGUUUUGGAAUGCAAGCUGGGAAAAGCAGAGGGACCUUUUAUUGCUUUGUUUAGUGACUACGAUCGUCGAGGGUGACAGGGAAGGAAAUAAUACUUCUAUUAGGCUGUACCCUGCAUGUAGCAACAACGGCCGCCAUGAUUGCUGCUAGGCUGGCUGAACUCGAUGAUGCUGGUAGUUUGUCAAUCCCCAGCCAUUCAAGUGCAUUACAAUCAAUACUUACUC